GGACCGGUGCAGUCCGGCACGACGCUCCAGGGGCGGCGCCAGCCCCCGAGCCCACCAGACCGCCCGUCCGCCGGCCGCCAGAUCAGUGCUAAACCAAGCCCCCGUGGUCCAGCUGCUCUCCUGGCCUGAAUGGUCCAGUAGUCCGUCGGUAGUCUGUCACUGGUCAGCGGGACGAGUGGUCCAUGCCACCAGCGUGGACCGCGAGGCCAUUGAUCCUCUCAGACGGAGCGGCCUGGCGGCUGAAGAGACCUGUGGUCCCCGUGGCGCAGCUGACGGCCGGCCGAUGAGACCGCUAGUGUCCGCAGGCCGAGUGGUGCAGGAGGGAGAUCCUCAAGAGCCGCGAUAGAGGCCAGACCAGCCAUCUGUCCCCGAGACGGCAGAGCGGCGGCCUGGCCCCGAGAGAAGACGAGACUCGGCGGCCGGCGAGUCAUGGGUCUGUGAGCUGUGUAGCCGUUUGAGUCAUCCGGGGGCACCACACAGGCGUCACCACAUCCGCCGCCUGAAAUCCCUCGCGGCUUGAGUCUGGACUCUCAGCGGCUUUGAGUUUCUUGAAUCUAUUGCUGGAGCCGACGCUGCCGACGCUGUCUGCCAGGACAUGAUGGGGCCAGGACAGGAAAGGAUGCUGGGUGAAAUGCUCCUGGCGCUGACCUGUUUAGGCACGGUCAUCGCCCGGGGGUACGAUGACCAGUACCCGGUGGUGUCUAGACAAGAGUUUCUACCCGUGGACAUUCAGCACGGUCAGUGCGACACCACGGUGACCAUUUAUGAAGAUGUCUCGACCCCAGGGGUCACCAGCCACAACUACAACCGCCCCCUCACCUGCUGGUAUGAAUUCAGCUUGACGGGUGCUCCAAGCUCCGACUAUGUCAUCGACAUCCGCUUUAAAACCUUCAACGUCGGCAGAGUGUACAACAGCUCCACGUGCCAAGGCGGCUACGUUCAGAUCAUCGAUGGCACUGAGGACACAGCCAUUACCAACCACCUGUCGCCGGGCUUUUUCUGCGGGGAGAUGCAGGACCGGAGACACUUCAUCAGCGAAACCAACAAGGUGAAGCUGAUCUUCCACGCGGACAACUUCACCGAGGACACGUACUUGUCCUUCUUCUCGCGCACGGAGCUGACAAGAGCACUACACGAGCGGUACGGAAAACAACCUGAGCUGUACCCUGGCGGACGCCGCGGAGACCCUGUGGGACCCAACAACUAUUGCGAGCGCGUCUUCAGCCGAUGCAGGACGGACAGCUGCUUCGUCCAGUCGCCCGCCUACCCGGGACCCUAUCCCAGGAACUUGCACUGUCGAUAUCAUCUGAACGUAGAGAGUGCGUAUAUCAAGCUCUACACGGCCGACCAGCAAGUCAGCAUUGAUGGCCAGCGGUGUGACAGCCCCAUGAUCUGCCCUCUCAGGCCUCUCACCUCUAACCCAGCCCGGUGCACGCGAGACUACAUCACCAUCUACGAUGGCAAGAAGGAGAUCGACCCUAAGAUUGGCACCUUCUGUGGCUUCGGGAGGUACGUCUGA